UGCUGUAAGAAUAGACUUGAUUCUUACAUAGGCAGUAUUCUUACAUAGACAGUAUUGGUCAAGCUCCGAAUUUGUAUGAUGAAGGUAUAGAUGCCGACUUUGAGAUCACUCCUUGGACUAGUUUUAUUUAUUGUGUAAUGUCUGACAGUGGGUUUUCUAAUUACAUAUCUCUUUUGUCUUUUACAUCAUACAACCUUUUUUGCUGUUUCUUCAAUAGGGCUGACGUGGGGACACAAGAACCAUCUAGAUAAAUAUGUUAUAAGCGGUCAUUGCACUGAAUGAGUUAGAGAUAGCUCAUUCUCUAUCCUCUACUUCACUCUCUUUAUUCUGCUUCAUAUACCCCCUUUCUUUGCUGAGAAUACACUGAUAUCUUUUUCUACACAAAGUCUAAGGCUAAGCAGAAACAGGCAGACAGAAGCUUAAAAUGUGCUUUCAAUGACAACCUUGUGUCCUGCUUGAUUGGUUGCUUUACAGUAAAGUAAUCAAAAUGCUGUAUCUCCAAACUAAUGUCCUUCCUAGAUGCCCUUCUCCUUUUUGUAACACAAAAAUGGAUGCUUGUUUGCGUCCAUUAUCAUCAGUUAAUGUUCAGAAUUCUAGUUUAGAAUCUAGUCAUGCCAUUACUCGUUUGGGAUUCUUGUUUCAUUCCCCUGUAUCUACCCAUUGCACAUGGAAGCAAUUAUCUUGCUAUGCUUCAGGAGAAUCUCCUUCAAAUACUGAAUAUGAUUGUGAACCUAAACCUGGUAACAAAAGUGCUAGGCCUAAGGCUAAACCUGGCUCUAACAAAAGUGCUAGGCCUAAGGCAAGAACACAGUCCUCAAAAGAUGUGGCAUCUGGCAAUGGUAAAAUAGGUUCUGCUGAUGCCUUCCCUUCAACAAUUCCAAGGAAGCCAAGGCGUGGUCGUAGAAGUGAAGCAAUGGCAGUGGAAGAUUACAUACGUGGUUCGCUUGAACGCACAUUUGAAACAAUUCGGCAGCAAAAAUCAGAUGUUUUGGAGGAUCCGGAAAACAUAAUGAAGGAUAGAGUCCGUGGCAAUUCUGAAUCCAAAAGUAGUGAUGAUGAUGACGAUGAUGGUGAAGAGGAGGUGAAGAAGGACAAUGAAGAAGAGGAAGAUGACGAAGAUGACGACGACAAGGUAAAGAAUAUGGUGAUUGAGGAAGAAAGUGAAAACUGGCCAGUGGAUGCAGAUGUUGGGUGGGGAAUCAGAGCUUCUGAGUAUUUUGAGCAGCAUCCAAUCAAGAAUGUUGUUGGAGAAGAUGGUUAUGAAAUCGACUGGGAAGGAGAGACUGAAGAUUACUGGGUUCAAGAGAUCAACUGUUUGGAGUGGGAGAAUUUCGCUUUCCAUCCCAGCCCAUUAAUUGUCCUUGUAUUUGAACGCUAUAACAGAGCAAGCGAUAACUGGAAACUUUUGAAGGAGCUGGAGGAAGCAAUCAAAGUAUAUUGGAACGCCAAAAAUCGGUUACCUCCUCGGGCUGUUAAGAUUGACAUUAACAUCGAGAGAGACAUGGCUUAUGCCCUAAAAGUUAAAGAAUGUCCUCAAAUUUUAUUUUUGCGGGGACACAGAGUAGUGUACAGGGAGAAAGAACUGAGAAGUGCUGAUGAGCUGGUUCAGAUGAUUGCAUUUUUCUAUUACAAUGCAAAGAAGCCUGCCUGGAUUGACGACAAGGCCUUGCCACGUUUUCGUUUUUAAUCAAAUCUCAGAAAUGUCAUGUAGCCCUUAUCA